CAUCCGCAACCUGCUUAUUAUUAUCAGCAGACCACAACUUAAACUCGUCACUACGAUGUUAGGCUGCAUAAAAAUGUGUUAGUUCGCUAAACCGAUCAUAGUCAUAUGUUCAUAUAUACUAUAUACGUACAUUUGUAAUAUUUAUGUCUAUGAAACCGAUUGCGCCACCCGUUAUAUUAACGGGAAGUGGGCGGGCCCAAAUGAGAACCCAGCCAGCGACGUGACUCAGGUGCUGGUGGCCACUUCCGACGGUUGUUAAGGUUUUAUCUAAAGGAUUGUGCGUCUGUAGUUUCCUAGUGGUCAUGGUGGCUGCCAGGCUGCUCCAGCUGCUCGGACUAGUUUGCCUCAGCUCACAGUUCCCGGCCAGACACGAGUUCGAGAGCCAUUUGGUGACGGUUCCACAGAAUCCUGUCCUGGAGAUUGGGAGUAAUUUCACGGCCACGUGCAUAAUAAUUAACACGGCCGAGGCCACCGUGGACGACCUUUACUGGAAUCUGUCCGAUUCAACCAUAUCCAAAGAACACUACAGGAAGAUCAACGGAACAGCUCUCAAUGUCACCAUCCCCAUCCUGAAGGAGAAACCCGAAUGGCUGUACUGUCUCUGCCAGAAAAAGAUGCCGUAUAUCAUCCUGAACAACGGCAAAUUCAUCCAAGGAAUCUGGCUCCAAAAAGGCUAUCGUCCAGAGAAGCCGCGGAAUCUUUCUUGUAUAGCAGUGCAGGAGAAAACUAUCAUAUCUCCAACAAUCACCUGCAUGUGGGAAGCAGUGGGACGUCAAACUAAAGAAGUCCCUGUCACGUACACGCUGAUCGUGAAGAGCUCCCAGGAACACAACUCCAGCAACACAACAUCAAACAGUGGACACAUUUCUCUUGGAACGUACCCCAACUUCAUGCCACUGGAGAUCUGGGUAGAGGCACGAAAUAAAUUAGGAACAGUAGAGUCUGAGCAUCUAAAUAAAGAUGCCAACUAUUUCAUAAAAACAAACCCUCCCUCAGAAGUGAAAGCCAUUUCAGAGAAGAGUUUCCCCAACUCUCUUCUGAUAAAUUGGAGUCAUCCAAUCCAAUCUGUGUAUUUGAAAUUGAUGUAUCAAAUCCGAUUUUGCACACUCGGAUCUCACAGUUGGACCUAUGUCCCCAUUGCAGAUACUGACAAUUAUAUACAGUUCUACAGACUCCAGAACCUUCUGCCAGACACACUUUACCUCAUUCAGGUUCGCUGUAAGAACUAUAAAAAAGAUGAGGGUUACUGGAGCGACUGGAGUGCCAAUGCUACCGAGAGAACGCCAGAGGGCAGACCAACAAGUAAACCGGAUUUAUGGAAAACCACUAUUGAGAGUGGCACAGGGGAACAACAUGUGGAUAUCAUUUGUAAGGAGCCUCAAUUUAGCAAUGGGAGGAUAUCAAGAUUUGACAUAAGAAUAAAUAAGGAUAAGUUGAAGAAGGAAGGUUGGAAGCGGGAGAGCAUCCCGGUCAACAUGUCGCAGACACACACUUCCAGCCAGAGGAGCAUCUUCCAGCUAAAGAGGAUCUCCUUAACUGACAAGCAGUUUGUUAAAGUGUGCGUCGCUGCCACCAACGCUGUGGGAACUUCUCCUGAGGCAUGCUUGGCCAUCCCUGCAAAGGCACAUGAGCGCCCCCCAGUGGAAGAACUGAAGGUGUGGCCCCAUGACGGGCAGCUGUACGUGGAGUGGAAACCCCCCAACAGCACAGCUCUGUCAGAGUAUGUGAUAGAGUGGGCCAGUGGCAGCAAUAUAGACUGGCAAAGAGAAAACAGAACCACCAGCCGUGCAGCAAUUAAAGGGAACCUGGAGCGUUUUGUUCUCUACAAUGUGUCUGUGUACCCCAUGUACGCUGGCUUGACGGGGAAAGCAGCCCGGCAGGAGGCCUUUCUGGAGCAGGGAGUUCCAUCCCAAGUGCCCUCUGUGAAACUGAAAGGAAACCCGGGACCCUAUGAGGCUGAGUUGGUGUGGGAAGAGAUUCCACAGCAAGCCAGACGGGGCUUCAUCACAGCAUACAAAAUAUUUUAUCGAAAUAGCACCACAAUAAUGCAUGUGGCAGUGCCAGCUAACACCACCUCCUGCACUCUGAAGUCCCUGUCAGCCAACACCAGGUAUGACGUGUGGAUUCAGGCUUCAACCAUCCGAGGGUCAGCAAACAGCUCCCAGCACUCAUUCACCACACCCAAAUAUGAAUCCGUUGAGGGCAUCGUGGUGGGAGCAAGCAUUGGCUUUCUGUUUCUUGUUCUCAUGGUCCUCCUCCUCUGCAUUUACAAAAAAGAUGCAAUUGAGGAGAAUUUCUGGCCUCGGAUUCCAGACCCUGGAGAGAGCACCAUUGGAAACUGGUCUCCUGACUAUCCUUUGAAGGCGGAGACCCCGAAGGAAAACUGCUUAUCUGGGAUCAGUGUGCUGGAUGUGGGCGUGUGCGAUGCAAAGCAUGGCUUUGAGGAGGACAAGAGCAGCCUGUCUCUAAAGAAAGACAAGUAUCUGUCUGAGGAGCACAGCAGUGGCAUCGGCGGCUCCUCCUGCAUGUCCUCGCCUCGCCAGAGCGUGUCCGACAGCGACGAGGGCGCCGACAUCGUGGACACCACAGCCAGCACCGUGCAGUACUCUUCUGUGGUGGCCUCCAGUGGCUACAAGGGUCAGACCCCCAGCUCUCAGCCCCAGCACUCCAUUUUCUCCCGGUCCGAGUCCACGCAGCCCCUGCUGGACUCGGAGGAGAACCCUGACGUGUUGGUGCCGGAGGGCAGCCACUUCCAGCGCUACCCCAGAAAGAGCCACUUCACCCAGAGCUCACAGGAGAAAGACACCGCCGUCUGCAAAGACUUCAAGCAGCUCGAUGACGAUCAGCAGGACUUCUGCGCCUUCGAGGAGGACGCGGAGCAGACAAAGCUUCCACACAGCCCGGAGGCUGACCUGAUGCCCACGGCAGCGGUCUCCAGCUACAUGCCCCAGCUGGGUGGCUACCGGCCGCAGUAAGAACACUUCCCAGCAGUGCCACUGGUCGUGUGCCUUUUUUAAUGUCCUACAUUUCAUUCUUUGACACAGAAAGAAAGGCUUUCCUGACAUCAUUUGCUUUUAACCAAGUCUAUGCAACCUAGGACUCUUUUUACUUUGUGAAGUGCAAUGUGAACUUGAGCUUAAAGCUGUGGUGUGCCAGCUUCCAGCUCCAUUUGGUAAACGAUAUGAUAAACUGUUAGACCGGACUCUCGCUUCUGCACACUCCGCAUGGAUGUUACAGUUUCGGCUCAAGUGUACAUAUAUAUGUAUUAUAUACUGCAAUGGAAUGGAAUGAGUUCAUUCUCCUUAAAGCUGACAUGUACCGUGCACAUACAAUAAACUUUAAUUUAGUUACCUUGGA